CAAAGGACAACAAAACAAAAGAAAAUAAAAUUAUAUAUCUUGAUUAGCCACAUUAUAAUUCUAGAGACAUCCAAACACAAUAUAAAUGUAAAGCUCUUUCAAUUGGCCUCAAAACGUUUCUUACUCGUAAGUUGUAAUAAUGGAGGAUAUUGAUCCAACUUACAUCCAACCACCAGAGCAUAGAACAGAUUCGAAUUACAUCCCUAACCAACCCGAAGAGAUACGCGUGAUCGAUCUCUCGCGCCUCAACGAUCCCGAAGAUGUCCAAAACGUUAUCUCAGAGAUUGGUGACGCAUGUGAGAAAUGGGGAUUCUUUCAGGUGAUCAAUCAUGGUGUGCCUUGCGACACAAGACACCUUGUGGAGAAGACUGCAAGGAUGUUUUUCAAUUUGCCAAUGGAAGAGAAGCUCAUUCUUCCACUGAUCCUGAAGAUGAAGGUUUAAGGCUUGUUUACAACAAGUGGCCUCAAUAUCCUUCUGAUUUCAGGUAAUUUCUUUUAAUUAGGUACAUUAACUUGUGUCAGAACCAAUAAAGUGUGUAACUUCUGUGUAUUGGAAAUGCCAAGAUUUGUAUGUGAUUGAGUUUCGUUUUCCUUCUCAUGUAUUGGCAAAAAAAGAAAAAGAAAAAGAUGAUUUAUUCGUGCAUAAUAAUAAACCGCUAAAACAAAUUAUUUUAA